AAGAAAGAAAGAAAGAAAGAAAGAAAGAGAAAGAAUGAGAGAGAGGAAACCAAGCGCUCUGAAAGCGCGUUCUCUCUGCUGUUCUUGAAAUUACCGUAUGUCUAGUAAUAGGCGCACACGCUUAUUUUGAAGCGCGGCUGGCUUGACUGUGUAUUUUCAAACAACGGCUGGCUUGACCGCGGUCGUGGACCGGAUGUUGAAUGUAUAUAGCGGUUGAAUGUAAAUAGCGGAAACACUGUGUGGAGUAAGUGUCUGUAAAGUAUAAUAAAAAUAAAAAGAAGGAAUAUUAUAAAAAAUAAUAAAAAUCUGUCUCUAUUACUAAUGUUUUCUAAAGUUCAAUCAAAUUUAUUUUAUUAUGUUAGCGCCAUUCACAGUGUGCAUCAUUAAUAAAGGACUUUACAGAAAACAUUUUAACACAACAACGUGAUAUAGAAUGAUGAAAAACGAAAAGUGUUUUGAAUUAUAAAUAGAAAAAAACAAUUAUAUAGAAAUGUUAUAACUUCCCCAUAAUUUUAUAAAUUAUAUUAAAAUUAUAUAACAGACAGAAAAAUAAAAAACUAAUAAAAUACAGACUUGGAAAAAAUAUGGAACAAAUCAACUAGGAAUGGAGACAGAAAUCUUUUCUGCUACCAGUAGUCGAUAAUGCUUGAUGCCUGAUAUGGGAAAGAACGCAUUUAAAACUAAUAAUUAAAUUACCCAUUCUGCAAGUGACAAAAACCUUUAAAAUAAAAUAUACAGGGUUUAACAAAAAAAAGAACAGGAAACUGAUCUGCUUGUAGGCCUAAUAUUAAACUAAUCAGACCAAGGCUGAUCCAAAAACAAACACUGGCUCAUACCAUCACACUUUCUUAAACAACAAUUGCAAUAUAGUUUUUAUAUUUUGUAUUUGUGUAUGUAUUAUUUUGGCUUAUAGUAGACAACAUAUGUAUUUAAGAGAUUUAAAGAUAAAAAAAUCCAUUUGUUCUAUUGUCAUGUGCUCUUUUAGGUCAUUAUGCUAAAUGCAGUGUAAUUACAUUUAGAAGAGGGGUCAGGGCCUUUCUGUGGACCUUUGAUCAGAGAGUGGCACACCCACAUUCCUUGGCCUUGCUGGCAGUGUAUUAAAAGAGCACCUAUUUCGUUGCUAAAAAACAACGCUAUUUUGUGUAUUUGGUAUAAUACAAUAUGUUCGCGUGGUUUAGAAUUUUUUUUGUUGCACAAGAUAUUCCUGCCUUCCUCAAACGCUCUGAUUUGUUACAAAGCUCAUCGAUCUGAAAAGUGCUGUGUCCUGAUUAGCCAUCUUACCAGUACGUUGUGAUUGGCCUGAAUACCUCUGACAUCAGCCGGAAAUGUGACGCUCUUUACAAUGUUUGUAAGAUUAACUCACAAUGCAAUGCUGACAGGAGUUAAUAUUGUCUUUACUACCUAAAUCUACUACCGUCUUUACAAGCCGAAUCUGAUCCAGAAAAUGCAGAUGACCAAGCUGAUUGAUCAACUUUGACAGCACGGCUUGAGCAGGAUGUACCAGAUUGGUAAGAAGUCUCGUCUAAACCCUGAAGAAUACUUCACUAAAUUGGAACAUAUUGGUAAAGGGUCAUUUGGAGAGGUCUACAAGGGCAUAAACAACCGCACAAAGGAGGUGGUGGCGAUUAAGAUUAUUGACUUGGAGGAGGCUGAGGAUGAGAUUGAGGAUAUCCAACAAGAGAUCACUGUGCUCAGCCAGUGUGACAGUCCUUAUGUCACAAAAUACUACGGCUCUUUCCUGACGGGAACUAAAUUAUGGAUUAUCAUGGAAUAUUUGGGAGGUGGUUCAGCUUUGGAUUUGCUGAAGCCAGGGCCUCUAGAGGAGGCUUAUAUUGCCACUAUCCUCAGAGAGAUACUGAAAGGACUUGAGUACCUCCAUUCAGAGAGGAAGAUUCACAGAGAUAUCAAAGCGGCCAAUGUUUUACUAUCUGAACACGGAGAAGUGAAGCUGGCCGACUUCGGUGUGGCCGGCCAGUUGACAGACACACAGAUAAAGAGGAACACAUUUGUGGGAACACCAUUUUGGAUGGCACCAGAGGUUAUCAAACAGUCUUCCUACGACUUCAAGGCUGACAUCUGGUCUUUGGGUAUCACAGCUAUUGAACUGGCUAAAGGAGAACCUCCAAACUCUGAACUUCACCCAAUGAGAGUCUUGUUCCUCAUUCCUAAAAACAAUCCUCCCACCCUGGAGGGCUCCUACAGCAAGGCCUUUAAGGAUUUUGUUGAAGCUUGUCUCAAUAAAGACCCAAGAUUUAGACCAACAGCCAAAGAGCUGCUAAAACACAAAUUUAUUACCCGCUACACCAAGAAAACCUCAUACCUGGCAGAACUGAUCGAUCGAUAUCGACACUGGAAGUCAGAGGGCCAUGGGGACGAAUCAAGUUCUGACGACUCCGACAUGGAUGGAGAGGGCGAUGAUAGACAACAGUGUCCUAUUUGGACCUUCCCCACUCUGGGGCCCAGUUCCAUAAACAAGUUACAGAGAGGUCACAAUCAUUCAGAUAAUACGACUACAGACGUCACAAAGAGGCAACCAAAGUCUUCAUCCCUGACAACUUUUAUCACAUCAAUCUUCAGAGAGUUAAAGGAGAAGCGACGUGCAAGUGGAAACAAUGUGUUUGCUUUGGAGGAGCUGGAGAAUGCCUUCAGCCUCGCAGAAGAGUCCAGUCCUGGAAUCUCUGAUUGUUUACUUAAUCACGUCAUGGAGAGAGUGUGCAGGUUUACACUCAAUGGAAACAGCAUGCCUUCAAAACGAUGAGGUCCUUCUGACUGCUGGUCAGGAAAAGACUGUCCCGACUAUUCAGAAAUCAGUUGAAAAUGGCUUUUAAAUUCUAAAUUAGUUUUUGAAUUUGAACUGAUUUUGAAUUAAAGCAUCAAACAGUAUUCAAAGAGAUCUGCGUGUAUUGUGCUUUCUUGAAUCAUUAGACAUUAAAAGUAAUUUGGCUUCCACUUCAUAUUCCUUGUUUUUAACUACUGUGUACCUACAUAAAAAAAAUAAUACAUUGAAUUUAUUGUGUGCAUGCUGUUUAGGUUUGUGGUUGGGUUAGCGAUAGGGUCAAAUGUGUAAUUGCGUGCAGAUACUUUAAAUGCAAGUACAAUGUAACAACAUGCAUGUACACAAUUAUAACAUUGUAUAUACAGUUCUGUGCAAAAGUCUUAGGCCACCAUGCUACCAUUAGAUUUGUUGUUUUUGUAAUUGUAUAGUGAUCAUAUAUAAUUAUUUCUCAG